CUUCGUCAUUAAGUCAGACUAGUCCAUGUUUAUACAGGCGUGGAUCGAUCCUCUAACACCAGUAUCCAUAGUAUCACUCUCACUUUGCCAUUUAAAUUGUUUUUCCUCCCUCUCGACAACCGAAACGCUUUUUCAUGAGCAGAAACAUAACGAAUAGGAAUCAUUGGAGUCGCUCUCGUUUUUUUUUUUCGAAAUAAGCGUAUUUGGGGAUCAUCAUGGAUAAGCUCUUUAUCUUUUUGAUUUGCUUGUCGUUUUACUUGAAUUUGGUUUAUGGUGAUUCUACUGGAAAUGCAAGUCUCCACCGUGGGGAAGAAGGACGUCUGAUUCGUAAUCUACUGGAUACCGGAUAUGACGUCAGAGAAAGGCCCUUCGUAGAAGAUGGGGGACCACUUCAUUUCAACUUGUCUCUCUAUCUACUGGCAAUAUCAGAUCUUGACCCCAAGACUCAAGUUCUUUCUGGAGUCUCCUGGCUUAUUGUGGACUGGCAUGAUGAUAGGCUGUCCUGGGAUCCGAAUGACUUUGGUGGGGUAGACUCUUUCACUGUCAAUAUCGACAAAACAUGGUCCCCCAAAUUGUAUCUUCAAAACACCGUCCUUGAUGAACCAGUUAACCCCAUCCAGCAUGACGUCAGUCAAACUUACAUCAGCCAUGAUGGCAGAGUGCAUCUGGAAUCACCCUUGAUACACCAUACAUCAUGUGACUUAAAUCUUGAACGCUUUCCCUUUGACGAGCAAGAAUGCUGGCUACGUUUUACCACACAGAAUACACCCGUCCACCUGGUAAAGCUAGAUACAAGCAUGGCCGUCGUACAUUACCCAAACGUCAGCUCAGAAUAUAACAUCGUUGGCACAUCCACCAAAUCUGAUUACGUAACUUUAAAGGGAAACAUCUCUUACGAGAUCAUGCAAAUGAGUUUCAAGCUUGUUCGGUUGCCGAGAUAUUACGUACAGAAUGUGACGUCACCGAUAUCUUUCCUGAGCUGGUUGUCGAUCGUUAUUUUCAUCAUUCCCGCCAAAAGUGGAGAGCGUCUUUCUGCCGCCGUCUCGCUCGUUCUGGGUCUGACCGUCUUUCAGAUCGUCGUCACCGACAACCUACCAAAAAACUCAAGAGGUAAAACGGCCCCGGUCAUAUCCUACGUGAGCGAUUGUUUCAUCAUCACGAUAGCCGUUGCCAUCAUGUCGGCUAUCGUUAUCAACGUCAGUCAUUGGAAAGGACGCGUCAACAACGGCGUUGUCCGAUUCAUCUUCUUCGACUGCCUUCAACCGUGGUUAUUGGUCGGUUCUGGCGGGUGCACCAAAAAGAAGGUUACGGGUUCGAAUACCCUAUCCAAUACCAACGUCGAAGAUCUGGAGAUGAAAGAUCAUCCAGAGAAGGCAGUAUCAACAAAGGAUCGCGAUAAUUCACGCCUGGCGUGGAUGAAAACACAGACUUCAAAAUGGACUCGAUUUGAAAUGCAGCCACAAUCUCAGGAAUCCGAGACGGAUGAUGACUAUGAAAUGAUUGCCCGAAUCCUUGAUCGCAUCUUCAUGCUGAGUAUUCUAGCCACACUUCUUGUCAUCACUCUACAGUUCUGGAUGCUAUGUCGGGAGUCCGAAUCGAAUAUUUGAAAAUAUCUCUGAGAAAAGCUCAUUAUGUCACCACCAAUGAAAUAUGAGCUUUACAUAUUUUUCUGAUAUAAAUGGGUGGAAAUAUUGGAAAUUUAUACCUUAAAAAUUAAUAGGCCUAAUUCUGUAAAUAAUCAUUAAUUCUAUGCCGGGUUUUUGGAGCUAUACUUAUAUUUGAGGGAGUGAAUGUUACCCCAAUCUUGGUAUGUUCAAAAACUUUACUAGUAAGUUGCAAAUUCAAGAUAUCGUUAUCAUGUUCAUAAAAAUUGGAUCCCCCCCAACAAAAAGUUAAAUGUUGUUUAGUCGAUAUAAUCUAAAAUAUCAAUGUUCACAUUUCUAUAUCAUUGUUAACCUACAUGUACAUAUAGAUGAAUUAUGUAUUAUCAAGUAAAAUUUAGUAUGUUUCAUACUUUAAUUGACUUCAAAAACACCCUCAGAUAUGUUAUGGGGGAAGGGACCUAAAAUUUAACAUUUUUUCUCAAUUGAAUAAUAAUGUUAUGUGGGGCGUCGUGGUCUAGUGACUGACUCUCAUCUU